UCACACCCUAACUUUGACCCCGCCCCAUACGUGAUAUAGCACCGUCAGCACUACAAAGUACAUCCCAUCGAUCGUUGGUCGAGAUGAGAUCUUCCUGGUGUUAUCGGCUCGAUCUGUUAGCACUGAAUCUACUGACAUGUUCCCCGCUCUAUAUCAGCCACUUAACGGCAGGAUCCUCUAUGACCACUCAGUCCCAAAUUUUGAUAUCCCCUCACCAUUCGUGUACUCCACAGUGGCUGUUCUUCCGUCUAUCCGGCAGAUGUCCAUUUCGAACCAAUUCCCCAUGGUCGGCCUCUGCAAACGCAUGUGGUUAGAUAAAUAUUGUAUAUUCUAGAACUAUCAUUCGCCUAUAUCAAUCCGUACUGCACUGCCAGUCA